AUCACUAUCACUACUAAGCACUCUAUCAUUCAUCUCACUAUCAUUCACCAAACCCCCCACGAGCUAUUCAACAUUCACCAAAAGUCUUCACCCAGCGACGUUUUACUCAUGACCCCAAUCCUCCAUCAUCAUGACGCGUCGAAAGCGGACACCAUCUCCAUCGGCUGCUCAGAAACGCGUUGCUUUCGAGAUCCCUGCCUCCUUGCAGCAGUUUUCUUCAAUUUCACGGUCACUGGCGACUAACAUUGCUACACCGGAUAAUACGGGCCAUCCAGGGCCGUUGAACGCCUCACAUCCCUUGCCCACUAAGCCUUCGACUCCUGCCGCGGCUACUAAACCGUCGUCUAGGCCAGUCACCCACAGUCAGAAAUUCACGCAGACCUCACAGAGACCAUCAAGCGUUGGCAGAGAGGCUUGGAUAAACCAGUCCGCCACCAAACCUGCAAAUGUGAGUUCCGCCUCGACAAAGUCACAAACCUCAGCGACACAGGCGUCUCGAACAACACCACGCCACUCGUCCACUCCCACCCGCGCAGACUCAACCUCAACCCAGCGUCAAGCGAGCAGCAACCCUACAUCAACUACCGCCUCGGCAAUGGAACCUGAGCUGAAAGAUGGUGAAGCGCCCACUCUCAAAACACAUCCGAAUCUGAUUGCGGCUUUAAUCGCAGCGAAAAGAGCAGAGAAUGAGGCCAUUGGUAACCGAGAACGAUGGGCCAGACAACAAAGCGAGUAUCGGGCGACAAAAUCCCCUUCAGCCCAGCCCUCGAUCGAGUCUCAUGUAGAAAACGUCCAAAAGCCCCCUGCCCAACCCCAGCAAAGGGCCAUAUCCAAUCCUCUCCCAGCACGACCUACCAAAACGACACCCAACGCCCGUCGAACCACCCAGCAAACAACCUCGAAACCACCAAUCAUAUGUACAACGAAGAUGCCCAGCAACCUGACCGCCACUCCAAACACUCAGGAUCCGGAGGCCAGUGCGGCCAUCUUUGAAUCUCCGUUUUCGACUCCCAUUGCAGAAUUCUUAGAAAGGGCAACCGACGAGAUGGGACCUGGUAGGGAUUCUUUAGGCCUCAAUAGUCCGUCUACUUCGGCACAUAUGGACACCAACAAGCCAAACCCUCCUCCAGCCCCAAGAUCCAGUUCACAGCAACCCCAGCAUCAUGUGGUGGUACCUCCGCUAUUUUCUGACAAGUCGACUGUGCAAAAUCCGCAUCCUCAACAACCACAUUCUUCCAAUCAAAAUCACCAGCAGUUCCAACAAACCUCUACCUCGUCCACAAUACCUCAGUACGGACGAGUCCCAGCACCUAUGAUGCAGUCCAUGCCUCUUUCACAAACAACGACUAACCUCCAGACACACACCUCUAUGCAACAUGGACUGUCAAUGGCUCAACCAUACCCAAACGAUGUGCAGCUGCAACAGCAUCAACAGCAUCAACCUCAGACAAGGCCUUAUUAUCCCCUUCCUCGAGGUCAACAAGGUUUUCAUAAGAUCGAUCUACGGCCCCAAUUCAACAUCAAUCGGAUGCAACAGUCGGACAACAGCCGAAUGAGUCAAGAUCAAGUGGCAGCAACGUCAUCAUCAUUCGAUCCAUCAGUAGGCAUGAACUCACCUCACAUAAUGCAGACAGCAAUGAUGUCGAAUACCAACGCACACUUGCCGAACAUUAUUCCAUACUCUCGGAUGAUGCCCAGCACACCUCGUGUAGCGAUGCCGUUCCCCCUGCCUGACCAGAUCCCCACGUAUGGAAACCCCGAGAUCAGGGCGCCACCUAGGCCGACGCCACCACCGCAGCUGGGGACUCCAUCCGGAUUCAUGACUGCUGCCGACAUGGUCGCCGGCAUCAAUACUCGUUUCAAAAUCGCGACGCCUAAUGGGUUCUCGGUCCCAAAGCGGCAUUGAAGAUCGAUGUGGCGGGUGCAAUGUUUUCAGAGGCAGCAGCAUGAGCUUGGACAGCAAAGCCCCUAGUCAGAUGCUGUGAUCUGUCUUAAAAUUUAUUUCACUUCCAAUGACUUGUACACGUGUAUAGAAUUUGUUUGAUUAGCGCAUUGAGCGAUGGAGUUAUGAUUUGUGGGGACAACGAUUGGAUACGAGUCUAUGUACAGAUAUUCGGGGUGAGAGGGCAUGUUUGAUGGGUAUGGGUAACGGACAUGUGUUACUAAAAUGAUGUCGAGAUAGAUACGACACCGUCAAUGAGAUCAAUGGGACCUAGAACAUGUGG